AUGGGUCUUCUUAAUCCUCUUUUGCUUCUCAUCCCGUUCGCAAUUCGGCCUGUAAUUGCAACACCCGUUAGCUCGGGUGCUAACAUCACACGCUCCUUCUCCCUUUCACCACCCCGUUCCCCUCGUCCGGAAAAGCAGGUUCAUGAUGCAGACUACCACUCGUUCUCGAUUGAAUUCUGCUAUAUGGCUGACUAUGCAGGAAAUGACACGCACCCCAAUACCUUUUCACGACAGGUCAUCCAAAACUUGAAGGACAUCGCGGGGAAACCUCCAUUGUUCCGGGUUGGCGGUAGUACGCAAAACUCUGCUGUAUACUAUCCCGACCAGUCUGAGGCCAUCAUCGCCCCCUUUUCCUCGGCUGCAGCGACUCAGCCUGGACAUUCGUAUAUAGGCCCUGCAUUUAUGCAGUCUUUCAACCAAUUUCCAGAGGGAUCUAAGUAUAUAUAUGGUCUCAACUUCUUCAACCCUGCCAAUGAGACUCUCUUCAGCGUAGGAGAUGGUCUUGCGCAAUGCGUACUUGAGGCUAAUGCUGCCUACAAUGCUAUCGGAGAUGCUCUCUAUGGCUUUGAGAUUGGCAACGAGGUAGAUGGAUGGCCCGGUGGUUCGCGUCGAUCUGCGAAUUACACACUCCAGGAUUACGUUGACCAGUGGAACGACUACGCCAAAGCCAUAAGCCAGAACUUGACCGGGUCAGACUCUAUGCAGAUCUUCCAGGGUUGUGCUUUCGAAGCACCGCGCAGUGUAGCCAGUUCUGCCUGGAACGUUGCAAAUGCCGAAGCAGAUGGCAUGAAGUCUAAUAUGGCAAAGGCCGUUGCUGACCAUGAGUACAUGGGAGCCAAUUGUCACUACACCGGCGUAGGUCCAACGAUCGAGACAAGCAUCUUCGAUCGCACAAACAUGCUUUCCCGCGUCUGGUACCAUGAUUAUCUCGGAAAUGCAACAGUAGACUCGGGAAUUCCAUAUGUCCUUGGAGAAACAAACUCAAUCUCAUGCCAAGGCGCAGCCAACAUCUCCGACGUCAUGGCAGCGACAGUCUGGGCCGUUGACUACGUGCUAUACCUGUCCUCUCUCCGUGUUGAACGCGUCCAUUUCCAUAUGGGAACCCGAUAUGCAUACCGGUCGUGGCUGCCUGUAUCAUUCAACGACACCAACCCACAAGUGUUCCCAAUUUAUUAUGCGGCAUUGUUCAAUGCCCACGUUUUCGCUGGAGGUCAUAAGCAGACUGAGGUGCUUGUUAACGGGUCAGACUUUGGUGCCUACGCAGUUUACGGCUCUGGCAAACUGGAAUCUAUUGUUGCUGCCAACCUUGUCAUGUGGAACUCGACCUCUGAGCAGAAGGCCAGGCCUUAUACUGUCCUCGAGCUGCCAUCCGGCUGGGAAUCGGCAAAGGUAUUGAGACUUACAAGUCCUGGAGUCGAAAUUGCCAACAAUAUUACGCUCGCGGGUCAGUCGGUCAAUGAAGCGGGCGUAGUUGUGGGUGACAAGACUCAUGAGAAGGCACAGGGCAGGAAGGUUCUGGUUGGUGCCGGUGAAGCUGUGUUGGUCCAGAAAUGA